AUGGCUAAUAUGCAACCGUCCUCCAAGAUCACAAUAGUCGGUUCGGGCGUCUUCGGCAUCUCAACGGCCCUCUGGCUAGCACGGUCCGGAUACCACGAUGUCACCGUGCUGGACAUGCAAGCCACGGCGUCGACCGCCUACGAUCCCUCCUCGGGCAUCGACUCGGCCUCCGCCGACCUGAACAAGAUCAUCCGCUUCAGCUACGACUCCGAGGUAGAGUACCAGCGUCUCGCCACCGAGGCCGCGGAGAUGUGGAAUGAGUGGAACCGCGAUAUCGCGGCGUCGCCUGAGGACGGUCUGCCGGAGCGCUUGAGGGGUGGCGAUCGCAGGUUGUGGUGGAAUGCGGGAUUGCUUCGCAUAAGCUGCAAGUCGGAGUUCAGCGACUUUGAGCUCAGGACGCUCGAGAAUAUGGAGAGCGAGGGGAUCAGGGACUUUCAAUUCAAGAGCAAUGAUGAGCAGGAUUUGCAAAGGGCUAAGGAACGAGGCUGGGCUCACAAGCUCGACCCCUGCCGGCGUCAGGAAAGGCUCGGUGUGCACAAGGCCGUACUUGACUCGACUGCCGGGUUCGUGUACGCGUACAAGAGCUGUGCUUGGGCGCAGCAUCUUGCUGUGAAGGCAGGUGUCAAGAUGGUGCUUGGUCCCGAACGAGGAAAGGUCACCGGUGUUUCUUCGAGAGACAAUCAUCCCGUGGUAUCGACUGCCGACGGAUGCGAGCACGUCGUCGACCUAGUUGUCGUCGCUGGCGGCGGCUGGACGCCGUCAUUAGUGCCCGAGGUCCGAGACCUGCUCGAAACAACCGCUGGAUCUGUGGUGACGGUUCAACUUCCGAAGGACCGAAACGAUCUGUGGGACAAGUUCGCACCCGAGAACUUCCCCGUGGUGACCUGGGGUAUGAAGCAAGACAAGGAGGUGUACAGCUUCCCAAGGGAUGAAAAUGGGGUUAUCAAGAUAGGCUGGCGGAAGACAAAAUGGACGAACUUCGACGAAGUAAAAGGCCGACGUAUCUCGGUCCCGAAGACCGCCCAUGUGACCGAGCAGAAGGAGACGCGCAUACCGAAGCCUGCAUUGGACGGUAUCAAAGAGUACAUCUCAGAGAUCCUCCCCGAGCUGGUCCCGCUAGGUAUAUCGUCUACGAAGCUCUGCUGGUAUACCGACAGCAUAGACAAUUCGUUCGUGAUAGACUUCGUACCCGGGCGUCCUGGCAUCGCAGUGUGUUCCGGGGGCAGCGGACAUGGCUUCAAGUUUUUGCCUAUUCUUAUGAGAGAGGUUGUCAAGAUUCUAGAGGGGAAGAGUCAAGACACUGUUUAUGGCCAAAUGUGGAAAUGGCGGAGUAGCACGUCGCCGACUCGCAAUGGAUUAGAACAGGCGGGGGGGAGGGGGGAUGGCCCGAGUGUCUUGUCGAAGCAGGUGAUGGCCAGCGAGGCCGAUUGGAAGUUUGGAUACUGA